CUUUCCUCUCCCCGGCUCUGUCACUUCAUUGGUCGGCGGCUCUGUUGAAUGAAGCGCCGCAGAGACGAGCGAACAGCAGCGGGCAGGAGGAAGCAGCGUGGGCCGCUGCAGCUGCAGGGAUCGACCGAGCCACAGUCAGGCAACGCCACCAGGGGAGCGCGCUGCGGUGGAGCCGCCGGGGAGGGACGUCGACGACCGCUUAUCUGUCGAGCAGAGGCUCUCCAGAGGAGAGUGAAUGAGGUUGAUGCUGCUUUGCUGCACCUGGAAGGACGAACGCAUGGGAGAGGAGGAAGCUGGAGGAAGUCUGCCCGAGUGCGCGGGAUGCAAGGAGAGGAUCUACGAUGAGCAGUACCUCCAGGCCCUCAACGCCGACUGGCACACCGUCUGCUUCAGGUGUUGCGAGUGCAGCGCCUCGCUGUCCCACUGGUAUUAUGAGAAGGAUGGACGGCUCUACUGCAAGAAGGAUUACUGGGCCAAGUUUGGGGAGCAGUGCCACGGCUGCAACGACCCGAUCACCACCGGCCUCAUCAUGGUUGCAGGGGAACAAAAAUAUCACCCAGAAUGCUUCAGCUGUCUGAACUGUCGGGCGUUCAUCGGUGAUGGCGACACAUAUGCUUUGGUGGAAAGAUCUAAGCUUUACUGCGGUCACUGUUACUACCAGACCAUCGUGACCCCGGUGUCGCUGCCAGACUCGCCGCGCUCCCGGAUCCCCCACACCGUCACGCUCGUGUCCAUCCCUGCCUCCAGCGAGGGGACCAACGGAUGCAGAGGGCGGGGCUUUUCCGUGGCUAUCGACCAGCCGCUCAGUCCUACCAACGGCUUCAGCCCGGAGAACGGCCGCACCGUCAGGGUGUCCCAAGUGGAUGCUGACUGCAUCAGCCCAGAUGUGAAAAACUCCAUUCAUGUUGGGGACAAGAUCCUGGAAAUCAAUGGCACGCCCAUUCACAACGUUCCCCUGGAUGAGAUCGACCUGCUCAUCCAGGAGACCAGCCGGCUGCUGCAGCUCACCAUCGAACACGACCCCCACGCUCAGGAGGGAGCCUCAUCGUGGGCCGGGGACCAGGUGGACGGCUUCCUGUUCACCCCGGUGUCGGACGGGCCCAGCCCCACCCUGCCAAUCACCCAGCCCCCCAACCCUGACAUCAGCAACCUCAAAUCUCGCAUAAUCACGCGGAGCUACAGUAUUGAUAAGUCGCCCGGCUCCAGCAAUGCGGCAUCGCCGAUCUCGCACAGGAAGGAUAUCAACCGAUCGGAGUCGCUCAGGGUGGUCUCCAAUCAGACUCACCGCAUCUUUCGCCCGUCUGACCUCAUCCACGGAGAAGUCCUGGGGAAAGGAUGCUUCGGCCAGGCCAUAAAGGUGACCCACAAGGAAACGGGGGAGGUGAUGGUGAUGAAGGAGCUGAUCCGGUUUGACGACGAGACGCAGAGAACAUUCCUGAAGGAGGUGAAGGUGAUGCGCUGCCUGGAACACCCCAAUGUGCUCAAGUUCAUUGGAGUGCUAUACAAAGACAAGAGACUCAACUUCAUCGCAGAGUACAUAAAAGGAGGAACCUUGAGGGAAAUAAUCAAGAAGAUGGACAGCAACUAUCCCUGGAACCAGAGGGUCAGCUUCGCUAAGGACAUCGCUGCUGGGAUGGCGUAUCUGCAUUCAAUGAACAUAAUCCACCGGGACUUGAACUCGCACAACUGUCUAGUCCGAGAGGACAACACUGUGGUGGUGGCCGACUUCGGCCUGGCUCGGCUCAUGGUGGACGAUAAAUGUGAAAACAAGCUGACGCAGGGAAAACUGACGGGUCUGAAGAAGCCUGACCGCAGGAAGAGAUACACGGUGGUGGGAAACCCCUACUGGAUGGCUCCUGAGAUGAUUCAUGGGAAAAGCUACGAUGAGAGAGUGGACAUCUUUUCCUUUGGGAUCAUGCUCUGCGAGAUCAUUGGCCGAGUGAACGCAGAUCCAGAUUACCUCCCCAGGGCGAUGGACUUUGGGCUGAACAUUCCUGGCUUCCUGGAGCACUACUAUCCCCCCAAUUGCCCCGCAGCCUUCUUCCCUAUUGCUGUUCUGUGCUGUGACCUCGAUGCAGACAAAAGACCUGCAUUCUCCAAACUGGAGGAGUGGCUAGAGAACCUAAAGAUGCAUUUGGAGAUUGGCCUGCCUCUGAUGUCUGAAGUGGACCAGCUGCAAGCGGCCUUUUGGAAGCGUCACAGCGUCCCGCUCCCCGAGAACGGCCUGCACACUCACCCCGAGCAGCCGGAGUAGAGCGCCGCGACAGGCGUGGAAAGGUGUGGGGUCGAUGAGAGGCAGCGACCCACCCGCCCUGGGUGGCCCAGAGCGCCGCCGCCGUGGAGGACUUCCUAAUAAUCCUCCACGACUGACGCAAAUGACACUGAUUUUAGCCGGCUCAGGCCGAACGAAUAGACUCAGGGGGAAAAUAUGAAUCGGAAAAGCCACCAAUGUGUGUGUGUGUGAUACGCACGCACAUUCUCACCGCAGCUGCAUCUGAAGCUAAAGUAUAGUAUGUAAUAUGCAAUCAGAAGCAAAUUUCAUAUUGCGCUUCAAUCAUGUAGAUUUUGCAAAGGCGAUCACUCCUGAGAAUACUUAACGUGCUUACUUUAGUGUGUAAUUUCACAUAAACACACAAAAAAAAAAAAAAAAAAAAAAAAACAGGAAGCCUUCAGCCGCAUCACUUGAGUUCUCUGCAGAGCGCGUUGUGCAGUUUGUGUCUGAGAGCAUCGCUGUGUUUGGUUUGCUUUUCGGCAACGCCCUCCUGUUAACCCCGAGGGACAGUUUGUAGACCUGCCGCUGCAAGUGAUCCGAAUCCUUUCGAGCUUUAACUAUCUAAUUGACGAGUGCAUGGCUGUAAAUAAUGCUGCCAGGUCAAACACUGCUUCGUUGUGGCCCUCUGACAUCCAUUGAGUCAUCGUGAACCACUAAUCUACUUCCUGGAGCUGAGCAGCUCUCCUGUUUAUUCUGUAGCACUGAGUUUAUAAGAAGGUACACAUCCUAAAUUUGGGUAUGCAGUUUGAUUGAUGUGUUCCCUUUGUAUCCCAUUUACAUUGACACUCAAAACACAUUAUGUGUACAUAACCGGCAACUUUGUAAAUGUUUUAAAUAUUGUAAAUGUACAGACAUAUUUUAUAUACGUACCUUGACAUCGCCAUAUUUUUAUUGGCCGACCGGUUGAGAGGAGAAUGGAAAGGUUACUGCAGUUAAAAAGACACAGCAAAAAGUUUUUUUUUUGUUUUGUUUUUUAUUAUUUAAUGUCUGUGUUGUCCCCCUGUGUCAGGUUAAAGGCUUUGAGACCAUCUAUAAACACCUGCAGUCCUCAGAUAAAAACGUAAAAAUUUGAGAGCCAAUUCUGAGAAAGCUGUUCACUUACUAUUCAAAGAGUAUGCAAUUAAAUCUAAUUUAAUUGCAAUUGUGCAGACACUGAAGCUACUGUGCCUUGAGGGGUAUUUAUACUUUGAACUUUGUUUUUUCUCUUUUACAUUUUGUCACGUUACAACCACAAACUUAAAAUGCGUUGUGUCAGGAUUUCAGCUGAUUGACCUAUUGUGUAUAUUCCUAGUUCGAUUUAGAUCUGGACUUUUAUUGUAACAAAUAAAAUGUAGCUCUGGCUGUAUAUGUAGGGUGGUUCUCCUGCUGGAAGGUGAACCGGUGAUGUGCCGUGUUAGUUUUCCUCAAAACAAAUUAGGAACUCAUCAUCGUUCCCAAAGAAAAUCUAAUCAAACACAUUCAAGUUUGUGUUUGUAAUUUGAUGAAAUAUGAAAAGGUUUAAGGGGUGUGAAUAUUUUUGGAAGGCACCGUACAUAUUCUGAUCAUCUCUGUUCCACAAUACUGGAAAGAAAACAACAACUUUAUUAAUGCAUUCUCUCAUUUCUGAUGUACUGUACAGUAGUUGAGGUGUUAUGUCACCAGGUACUGCCUAAUCAGGUCAGCUCUCUGUCCAUGUUCCCGUCUCUCCUCCUGAGGAUCGACCCCCAACUGUCUGUUUACAUAUAAAAGCUAGAUGUACUGUAAAUAUCGCUCUGUGUGUGUGUGAGUGUGUGUGAGUGUGUGUGUGUGUCUGUCUCCUCAGAAAAAUUUCUCCAGCACCUUCUAACAUGCCGUCUCUGUCUUCACGCUACGAACUUUUAAAUUUGCUGCAUGAUGUAGUGGCCAGGUCUUUUCUGCUUGUGCUCCGAGCUACUUUAGUCUCUGUACCUUUCUUUUUUUUUUUAUAUAUAUAUAGAUUAAAAAAAAACUUGGAAUAAAAAAAAAGAGUCAAACAAGAAACGCAGGGCUGAGUAGAAAAUGAGAGUAAAAAAAAAAAUAACAAUCUGUUUUUCUAUAUCUACCCACUGAAGCUCUUGUACACCUUUGAGUACUUUUGUUUGCACUAAAUGGCCGCUCUAGGCCAUGUUUUCUUAAUUUUUUUUUUUUUUCUCUCUUGGGCUACUUGUGAUAAGGAAAAUGAAUAAUGUCAGUUCAGGUUGAUAUAUGAAUGCAAGCCACUGAUAGAGCCUUUGUUUUUAAACGUUUGGAAACAAAAAAAAAAAAAAAAAAGGGAUGUGGGAAGUUCAGCCUCUCAGUAGCAAACCGGACGUCUUUUAGUUAUUCAGAUGCAGCUCAAAUUGAAUUAAAAUCACGUACGCCAUGCAAUAUAGUCUGAGGCGUGGAAAAGGCUAGCUAAGUGGCAUCCGAGAGAUGAGAUGUUCCUGUUUUUUUUUUUUUUUUUGCUACUGUGAGGUUGUGAUGACCCAGUUCUGCCUGCUGCCUACAGACUGGUCCUUUGUGAGUGGUGUUCUGUGCUGUUGCUGGCUGCUUGUGAUGCCUACAGAGGCUGCAAUCACUCUUUCUGGUAGCUGAGACCUUAAAAUUCACCUCUUCCUUCAACUGUUUGGGCUCAGGGCCGUCAUUCUUUCUGGAGCUUUUGCUCAGAUCUUAAUCAGUACCCACCUGUAACGGUGAGACGAGGGUGGGAGCACGUGAACAAAAGCCCCCGUCCUCCUCUUCACACACAACUUUGUUGGCAUGCGAGCGAGAGUGGCGUCCCGUGUUUCCUUCGCCGGUUCCCCGUCUGAGCCAUGUUGAGCAUGUUCGAUGUCAGUGAGGAUGUGUUGAGAGUGUCGCCGCAGCACUUCUUCGCAAAGGAUCGUUACCUCUGAACAAUGCUGUGCCUUUGUUGUAAGCUAGCCUUGCCAACGACCCGAAAACAUGAACUGAUUUCCUGUUUAGCUGUUUGUUUUUUAUUUUUUGUUUUAAUGCAUCGUAAGUGCAAGCCUGAUUCAAGUGAACUAAACAUCGAAGUCGAUACCACGUUGUGUAAGAUUGUCAUCUUGUUCUGUCUCUCGUAUUUAUGUUUUCCAGAUCUCCAUUGUCGGGUUUGAUAUUUUAAUAUUCCUUUUUAUUUUUGUCUUAUUUAAGUUUUUUUUUUUUUUUACACAAGCUGUGAAAAAGAUUCUGCACUUUAAUCCUGAACAUUUGGACCCUGAGGAGGUUACUGUGGGGUUUUUUUUCUCUUUCUUUUUGGUCACAGCUGAAAAUAAAAAUGACGCUUCUUAAAUCCA